AGCGCGUGCAAAAAUCAAGCGUUUAGCUGAUAAGGUGAUUCGUCGUUAGUUUCUUUUUCAAAACGGCAAAACAACGUAAUUAGCAACUUAAACAAAAGUUUGUGAUAGUGGCUGAUUUAAAAACUGUCCAGGGAAGAUGAAGAGAAAUAUGUGGAUCGAGGGUAUUGGAGAUGAUGCUUUGUAUGCUGUGGGGGCCUUCUUUGGAAUGUUUGUACCAAUUUUCAUAAUGAUGUAUCAAAGAACAAAUUCAGUUCAGCGAAUACAUCCCGAAAGUGAAGAAAAUGUCCGAGAAACAAGAGAAGAGGUAGAACAACAAAGGGCCCAGCAUGAUCGUGAGACCCAGACACAGAAUGCUGGCAACCAGCAUGCAGACCAACAGACAAGAAAUCGACCAAUGAGAGAGAACCAUGGGCAACAUCAGUGCCCUAUAUGUCUAGGAACAGCAGAGUAUGCAGUGCAGACAAACUGUGGACAUAUAUUUUGUGGUUUAUGUUUGAUAACAUACUGGCAUCAUGGAAGAUGGCUUGGACCUGUAAUUUGUCCUGUUUGUAGACAGACAGUGACAUUGAUGUUGAUAAAUUUUACACAGGAUGAACAUAACAGUAAUUCUGCUGAGAAAAGAAACAUUGUAGAUUCUAUAUAUCAGUAUAACAGGAGAUUCUCAGGAGAACCAAGACAGUGGAUAGACUAUAUCAGAGACCUGCCUACUCUUCUGCGACACGCCAUAAGUGAAUUUUUCACCGUCGGAGGCCUUGUUUUCAUGUUUAGAAUUCGUAUCUUAGUCAUUUUUCUUCUAGCUUUCUUUUAUUUCAUUUCACCACUAGAUAUUAUUCCAGAAGCUGUUUUUGGAAUAUUUGGAUUUUUGGACGAUUUGUUUAUUUUGUUAUUACUUGCAAUUUAUGUUAGUUUGAUAUAUAGAAAUGUUGUACAGCAGAGAGCCACAGCCAGACAAUAAUAUUUAAGUGCAAUUAUUAAAAUGAGCCAUGCCAUGAGAAAACCAAC